AUGUCGAACUUGAAAAGGUCUGAUAACUCAAAUGAAAAGUAUGGUAUUGUCAUUGAUUCAGGUUCGUCGGGAUCCAGAAUUCAAAUAUAUAAAUGGACUGAUCAACAAUUUGAAUUGAAGUCUUCCAAAGAUCAAUCUGUAUUACAAUCACCUCCAAAGAUUACGCAAGAAAAGGGAUGGACAAAGAAAAUCACUCCGGGGAUUUCUACAUAUAAUUCAAAAGACAAAUCUGGUAGAAUUUGGCAGGACCAUUACUCAGAAUUGUUAAAGUUUGCUGAAGAUAUCAUUCCUUCAGAUAAACAGCCAGACACUCCUGUAUUUGUUUUGAGUACUGCUGGGAUGAGAUUGUUGCUGAAAAAGGAUCAAAAAUCAAUUUUAAAAGAAACUUGUUCUGGUAUCAAACAAAACACCAACUUUUAUAUCCCUACCGAAAAUUGUGAGAAUUUUGUUGAAAUAAUCGAUGGGUCAACAGAAGGUAUUUAUGGGUGGCUUGGGCUAAAUUAUUUGAUGAAACAAUUUAACAAUUAUGAUAGCUCGCAAGAUAGUUUGCAUGAAUCUAUUGGAUUUAUGGAUAUGGGAGGAGCAUCUACCCAAAUUGCAUUCGUUCCAUCAUCUAAAGAAGAAGUCAUAAAACAUAAGGAGGAUCUUUCUACAGUUACUUUGAGAAACAUUAAUGGGGAAACUCAAACUUGGGAUUUGUUUGUCGCUACAUGGUUAGGUUUUGGUGCUAAUGAGGCACGUAAAAGAUUUCUCAAUCAAUUGAUUAAUUUGGCGAUUGUUAAUGGAGAAAACUGGAAUAAUGAAAUCAAUGAUCCAUGCUUACCAAAGGGAGCUUCGAUGAAAUAUGAACACGAAAAAAAACAGUAUUUGGUUCAAGGAGUGGGGAAUUAUGAGAUGUGUAUCAAAACAAUCUAUCCAUUGUUGAUGAAGAAUAUGGUUUGUAUUGAUGAACCAUGUCUUUUCAACGGUAUUCAUGGGCCCAAGUUUAAUUUUGAAAAAGACAAAUUCAUUGGUAUUUCUGAGUAUUGGUAUACUGCUAACGAUAUUUUUCAAAGUGGUGGUGAGUACAAUUUUAAAGCAUUUAAUGCAAAGGUGAAGGAAUACUGUGAAAGCAACUGGGAUGACAUCCUCAAAAAUUCCAAACAGGGACAAUACUCAAACUUAGAUCCUGAUAAAUUUUUAAAGGAUGCAUGUUUCAAAGCAAGUUGGGUCAUGAAUAUUUUGCACGAAGGGUUUGAGUUGCCUAGGAUCGGUUUUGAAACAGAAAAGGAAGAUCAGACAGAAGAAGACAAAAAAAUCACUAAUUCCCAUGUUCCUUUUAAAUCUGCUGAUUCGGUGGAAGGAGAAGAGUUGUCAUGGACUUUGGGUAAAAUACUUUUAUUUGCAUCGUCUCAAAUUGAACCAAAAGAAGGAGACGCCGAUGCUAAGCAAAUCGGUAUAUAUCCAAGUGAAAUCUCUGGUCGUAAAUUUGUGCCAGGUGGGGGCCUGUUGUCUGGUGAGGGAGAUUACUCAACUGAUGAUGAAGAUGAUGAUUUUGGCAGUCAAUUCAGUCAUAUACUAUACUCCUUAAUUUUUAUUUUCUUGUUGUUAUUCUUUUUGUUUCAUUUUGGAAAAUCUCAUUUUGGAAGAUGGUCCAACAAGUUAAGAAGAUUUCAAAUUCCAGUUGAAGUCAAAAGAGCAGUCAAUACGAUUGGAUCCAAAAUUCCCGGUGUUAGGCAUUAUUUUGAAAAUAUUGUGAUGUUUCUGGACCUUCAAGACCAAAGUAUAAUUUUGGAGGAAGGAAUAUUUGAUAACACGUCGAAUAAUACCAAUUUCAAAACUUUACAGAAUCAGCAACAGCCUGCAUCUGCGAGCGUAUUAAGGACAAGACUGGCAAUAGGAUUAAAUGAAAAUUCAGGUAAUGAUUACAAAGGCGGUUCUGGACAGUCGCUUACAAACUUGAGUCUGUACAAUCCCAAGGGGAAUAGCUACUACAAUAAGUCUUUUUCGUCGCCAAAGAAGAACAUUUAUAUAUCUGCCAACAAUAGCCGAGAGUCAUUGGCCAGAGGUUCUAGUAAUGCUUCUAUUCCCAGGUCUAAAAGCUCAUUAGAUUAA